AUGAAGAUAAUAUCAACAACAACAACAACGAUCAUCAUUCUUUGUGUGAUUGUAUCAAGUUUUGUGGUAUCAAGUGAGUUGUUAUCGAUCACUGGUUUGUUGGGUGGAUUGCUUGGUGGUUCAUCCUCAUCAUCAUCCUCAUCAUCCUCUUCAUCAUCAUCUUCUUCUUCGUCAACAUCGUCAUCUACUGGUGGAUCAGGACCUAUUAUUGAUAUUGAUCUUGGACCAAUUAGUUUAGAGUUGUAUUUGGCAAUUGGUGAUCAAGCAAAUAGAAAUCUAUUCUUGGAUUGGACACAUAAAUACAACAAGACAUAUUCAAAUGCAGAAUAUCAAAAAAGAUACAAGUUGUUUGUUAGUAAUCUCGUGUUUAUCAACAGCUAUGCAACAUCAAACCCCAACAGUCAGAUGGUACUUGAAACCAAUGAGUUUGCAGAUCUAUCACUUCAAGAAUUCAUUGAUACAAGAUUGACUAAAUUCAACAUGUCUGAAAUCACUGAUGAAUUGUUCAACAAUAAUCAACCACAACCAACAGAUAAUCAAACAUCAUCUUCAUCUUCAUCAUCAUCAGCACCACCAAUGUCAUUGCAAAGUGCAACUUCAAGACAGAUUCUAUCAACAACAGAUCAAUCAAGAUUUGAUUGGAGGAAUUACGCGCAAGUAAGUUCAGUUAAAAAUCAAGGAUCAUGUGGUUCAUGUUAUGCGUUCUCUGCGAUUGGCGCAAUUGAAUCAUUGUACCUGCAAAGGGGUAGGUAUCUUGAUCUCUCUGAACAAGAAUUGGUUGAUUGCCUGGAUUAUUAUAAUCACGGAUGUAAUGGGGGUUGGAUGCACAACUCUUUUCAACAAAUCAAACUUAAUGGUGGAAUAUCAUUGGAAAGUCAAACCCCUUAUGUAGGGAAACAAUAUAAUAGUAUGCCAUACUGCAACAAUGAAUCCAAAUCGACCAAAAUCUCAUACUACACAAUGGUGACAAGGACUGAGGAAGGCCUGACACAGGCAAUACGACUCAAUCCUAUUUCAGCUGCAUUUGAUGCAACUUCAAGAGAGUUCCAAAUGUACGGUGGCGGAAUAUUUUAUUCUCCAAAUUGUAACAAACAGUCGCCAUCACAUGCAGUACUCGUUGUUGGUUUUGAACCAGAUGCUUGGUUGAUUAAAAAUUCUUGGGGUGUCGGGUGGGGAGACAAAGGCUAUUUCAAGAUUGCCAGGAAUAUCAAUGAUCAAUGUGGUCUAGCUAGUUAUGCAAGUUAUCCACAAUAUUUUAAUUGA